AUGAAUAGCUUUAAAAAAGGAUAUAAGAAAAAUCGUCCUCGUCAGGGCAAAUCACACCAUCUUCAGAUCCUACAGUGGAAUGCUGGAGGAAUGUCUCCGGACAAAAAGAUCCAAGUACAGAAAAUCCUACAAACCUAUGAUGUAGACAUUUUCACAAUUAUGGAAGCAAACAUUUCGGAUGACAAACUGAAGUACUACCAAUUCCCAGGUUACACCCUGUACAAUCUACCUAAAUACCGGCAAGUUGCAAGUGGAAUUCUAACUGGAGUAAAUGAAGGCCUCACCUCACACUACGAUCUAAUCAAGAGUAUGGGAGACUUCAACGCCAAUUCCACCAGAUGGGGCUACAAGGAUACAAACAUAGCUGGAAAGGAAAUUGAACACAUGCUGAACAGCAACCCUCUGGAACUUAUUUACAGCAAUGAGGAUCCGGCUACAUAUUUGCACUACAAUGGAACCAGAAAAACUCCCGAUUUACUCUUGGCUUCAAGCGAAAUCAGUGAUCUUACACGCCACAAAAUAAUUGACGAUCCUGGUUCUGGUCACAAACCAGCAUGA